CCCUAUUACCCCCAACGCCCCCAAACAAAACGGCCCAGACGGCCCCCAAUCCCGAGCUGGGAGACCUGCCCCUUGGCAGCCAGCGGAGAAGGCGCCUCUGAGGGGAAACUGACAUCCCUCGGGGAGCGCUCCUCGCAGCUGUCCUCGGCUCAGCGACUCUCCCCUCCUCUCCCGCCGCAGAAGUUCGGGGCCCCGCCGGUCUCCCGCGCUCCUGCAGUCAGGACCCUCGAGCUCUGCGCUGAGCUGCCGGCUCCGGCUCCGGGAAGAUGGCGAGGAGGAGCCGCCACCGCCUCCUCGUGCUGCUGCUGCGCUACCUGGUGGUCGCCUUGGGCUGUCAUAAGGCCUAUGGAAACUCUGCCCCUAAAGAACCACAAGUAGUCACAGCAAUGGAGUACCACGAGGCUAUGUUAGAUUGUCGAAGCCCAAAGAAGACCGUGUCUUCAAGAUUAGAGUGGAAGAGACUGGGACAGAGUGUCUCCUUCGUCUACUUCCAGAAGUCUCUUCGAGGUGAUUUUAAAAAUCGAGCUGAAAUGGUAGAUUUCAGUAUUCGGAUCAAAAAUGUUACAAGAAAUGACGCGGGGAAAUACCGUUGUGAAGUGAGUACCCCAUCUCAGCAAGGCCAGAAACUGGAAGAGGAUACAUUCAUCCUAGAAGUAUUAGUGGCUCCGGCAGUUCCGUCCUGCGAAGUUCCCACUUCCGCUCUGAGUGGAACUGUGGUGGAGCUGCGAUGUCAGGAGAAAGAAGGAAUUCCAGCUCCUGAAUACAUAUGGUACAAGGAUGGUCUCCGUUUGCCAGAGAACUCAAAGCUUGGUUCCCAAAGCACCAACAGUUCAUACACAGUGAAUAUAAAAUCUGGAACUCUGCAAUUUAACACUGUUUCCAUAUUGGACACUGGAGAAUAUUUCUGUGAAGCCCGUAAUAUUGUUGGACAUAGCAGGUGUCCUGGGAAGAGAAUGCAAGUAGAUGAUCUCAACAUCGUUGGCAUCAUAGCAGCUGCAGUGGUCGUGGUCUUAGUGAUUUCCGCUUGUGGCCUUGGCGUGUGCUAUGCUCAGAGGAAAGGCUACUUUUCAAAAGAAACUUCUUUCCAGAAGGAUAGUUCUGCAUCGAAAGCCACUACAAUGAGUGAAAAUGACUUCAAGCAUACGAAAUCAUUUAUAAUUUAAAGGCACUACACUUUUGAGAUACACCAAAAUCACAGCUGUUACACAAGUUAUUAAACUAUCAUAAAGCUCUGCUUUGUCUUACAUUUCGAAGACAUACAUGAGGAAAUGGAAUUGAUAUUUCACUAUAAUUUUUAUGGGCACUAAACCAUCUGAAAUUGUUAUUUUAAGCAAAUAGUUCUGUCAAUGCCUAAAAUACCAUCUGGCUUCUUGUGUCUAGACUGAAGAAAAAGAAUCAAAAUACUUUGUAAUAUUCUGGGGCUUGUGAAAUGUUAAUGAUGUCCUAACUUUUAAAGAUGUUUACUAAAAUAGAUCAUACUGAUUGUGAAAUCAAUCCAUAGUGGGUGAAAAUAUAAACCGCACGCACUCUUCGUGCCAGUCUGAUUAGGUGUUCAGAACACUCUGACUGACGCAGAAGGACCUCUGGCCUCGUUUCUACCAGGAUCCUCUUUCUUCCCCUAAUAGUUUGUAUUCUGCUGCUCGUUUAUCACUAAUCUGUCCACCGAAGGGAGGUAGUGGGGGUGAGUCUUACACCCAAGGCUUUGCACUUUGUGUUUACUUUUACUUCCGAGAACCAAAAACAACAUGAAGAGAAAUGCCUGGAGGUCAGCCCUCACAGGUGUGCACCUUAGGACUCUUCUGGUGAGGGGGAUGAGUUUCUUCAUUAAACUUAAUUUUGAGAGCCAAACCCAACCCCAGGAGGUGUGUUUCACCUCCAGAGUUGCUUGUUGUUUUCUUCCUGAGACUUCUUUGUGAGGAUCAGGGACCUCCACACCAGAUCUUGCCUAGGGCAAUACCUUUGCUGUGUAAGUGUCGACGUCACAGCUCUGUCCCUAAAGCCUGUGUGGUGCAAUUCUGGGACCAGGUGGAGUCCCUUCCUGUAAUGGCCAGGGGUUAGUCAGUCUUGUGAUGGAGAGCAGGCAUGUGGAGGGAGAAGUGGUUGUCGGACAAGUGCAACGAGAUGAAAGAGCUCGCUGAGCCUUGUAUCUGGCACCCCGCGUGAUCCACAGAGGGCACAGGAGAAACCGUGGCUGGACUGAAAAGUGGGUCAAAGCAUCUGGUUUCUUAAACAGUCUAACAACCAAGGCCUCCAGUUAGUGUUACAGUAUGGAAAUUCCAAUGAUCCAUUUAAUAGUAAAAGCAAUUAGACUGUGUUAAAUAUAUAUACACCAUUUAUAAUUUAUUUUGAUUAAUCAAUUCACAUUAAAAGCAAAAUAUGGCUGGGCUUGUUCUUCUAGCCAAUUCUGGGUGAAAAAGCCACUCAGUACCUCGAACAACUUUGAAUACGGUGAAGCUUCUUUUAAGGAAGUCUGCCCAGUAGGCAAAGUAGAUCUCAGGACACACUGAACAGACAGGCGGGUUGAGAGUACCUAACCUGCACCUGGGCACCGGGUCCCUGGGUCCCUGGGGAUGUGCUGCUCCCCUUCGAGAUGCCCGUGGCAUUCAGUGCCAUCAUCAGGCCCACCCCUGGAGGUCUGGCUUCUGUAACUCGGCUCUGCCCCAAAGGACAGAUUAUCACAUUAGUUGGGGUUCAGAGGAUAUUUUAUGGUCCCUGCUGUAACUAAUCUCUGCCAUUGCAGCCCAAAAGCAGUGUAGACAAGAAGUAAGCAAAUGAACGGGUUUGUGCUCCUGGAAAACUUAUUUACAAAAAACAAACAAAAAAAAGACAAGCAGACAGGCUUUGGUUGAUAGGCAGUUUCCCAACUCUGGUGGUGAAGGACCAAAGCCCAGUGAUCUACAAGCUUCUGUAGGACAUUUAGCUAAUUGCCUUAUGCUUUGAUGGAACGAUGUGCAUCCAUUUGAGUAAAGCUUUUCCUCUUGCACUGCCAAGUGCCAACGCGCCAUGUAUCUUAAAGAUGCCUCUUCAGGCAUACCUGCCGUCACGCGAGAUCAACAGUUUCUAUUUAAUGACACCAAUCUGUACUGUGGGGGGACGAUGUAGUGCCUUAGCUUCACUAAUAGAUAAAAUGCUUCUUUAGAAGACGUCAAAGACAAGAGGAUUCAUUCUAUGCAGUAUGAACAUCUCACACUUUUUUUGUGUCAAAUAUAUAUUGUACAUUAUCUUAAAAUAUUGUAUACAGCCAAGUAAAAGCCACUGUGUAAAAAUGCUUUCUCCCACACAAAGGACUUAGUAUUGAGCACUAAUUUUCUAAUUAUUAAAAAUAUAUUCCAUGUGGGUCACUGGUGUCUGUAUUUGUGUUU